AUAUCAAACGGUACAGUCCGUGGUAAAAACAGAUUUAGAAAAGCUACCUCGUCAGUUAGCCUGGGACUCGGAAUUACAGACGAUACACUUGUGUUACCGGAUACACAGAUUGUAAUCUCAUAAAUCUGUUUUUGAUGUGAAUGGAGCUUUACGGGAAGAUGGCUGCUACUCAAGAGGCUAAAUUUGGCCAAAAGGACACAUCAGACCAGAACUUUGAUUAUAUGUUCAAACUACUAAUUAUUGGGAAUAGCAGUGUGGGGAAGACAUCAUUUCUUUUUCGUUAUGCUGAUGACUCGUUUACUUCUGCAUUUGUGAGCACAGUUGGUAUAGAUUUCAAAGUAAAAACAGUUUUCAAGAAUGAGAAGAGAAUUAAACUGCAAAUAUGGGAUACUGCUGGACAGGAGAGGUAUCGAACAAUUACUACAGCCUACUACCGUGGGGCAAUGGGUUUUAUUUUAAUGUAUGACAUAACCAAUGAAGAAUCUUUCAACGCUGUUCAGGACUGGUCGACCCAGAUAAAGACAUAUUCGUGGGACAAUGCACAAGUGAUUCUUGUUGGAAACAAGUGUGACAUGGAAGAUGAACGUGUAGUUUCUGCUGAAAGAGGAAGACAGCUAGCAGAUCAACUUGGUUUUGAAUUCUUUGAAACAAGCGCCAAAGACAACAUCAAUGUUAAACAGACAUUUGAGAGGCUUGUGGACAUCAUCUGUGACAAAAUGUCUGAAAGCUUAGAAACUGAUCCUAACGUCAAUGCUGGGAAGCAAAACACACGAUUAACAGACAACCCUACUCCUUUACAACAGCCCAACUGUGGGUGUUAAUAUCUCGUAGCAUUUUAAAGGUAGUUGAGAUGUGUGUUGUUGCCAAGAUAUAUAGAUAUAUAUAUGUAUAAAUCCUUAGAUACAGUAUUUAAAAAUUCAUUUAUAGCUUACAGAUCCUAAUAAAUGAGUAAAAAUAAAUAUUUUAGUUUUUAUGUGCACAGUAUAGUUUUUCUAAAUACCUCUUCUUUUAGUGGGUGGAUCAACACACAAUCACUGCAGGCUUAUAUUGCAUAAUCUGUUUACAAAAGUUUAUAUACAGCAUUUUUCAUUUGGAUUUAUUAAAAUGUAUGAUUAUUUUUAUUGUUCCAUCUAUAAUAAAGUAUCCUAUUGGUUAUCAGAUAAAUGGAAAAAUACAUGUAUUACCACACUCUGGACACACUAGAAUAAAUGAUUCAUGCCUCUGAUACACAUUGGUAACUGGAUUAUCUUUGGAACCUUGGUACGCAGCAGAUGGCCAUCUGAGAAAUCUCUUUAACUGAACUUGAGAUUGUUGUGUAUGUUUACAGAACAGUAGACCUGUCUGCAUGCAAACACUUUGAAACAGAAAAAUGCUUUAGUAGACCUCUACUUUAUUUAUUUAUUUAGUCUACUCAGUUUAUCUUUCUGUAACAGAUAUCAGACAGUUUUGGGGAAGUGUUAAAAAUACAGUAGACUUGCGAAAUUUACUAUUGACUACCAAGGGUGACACAUGUUUACAAAUUUCUGAUACGAAUCAAUUAUGUAGCUUUGCAUUAUAACACAUUCAUUAUUGAAUGACUUAUGUACAAACAGGAAGGAGUCACUGUUACCGGUAUGGCCUUAGUUGAUCCAGUGCUACUCUGGUUUUGAACUCUGGUUUCAUAACACUAACUGCAGCUCCUCUGUCAGGCCAGUGUGUUAACCUUCUGAACUGAAGUGACGUUCCUUCAGUUUGGGAGGCAAUCAGUGGUAUUCUUUAUGCAGCCACUCACAGUUUCUGUUGUAGUAUAUAAUUUAUGCUGAAUAUACGUCAUCAGAAAAAAAGCACAUUUGAGGACAGUAUUGUGAAAAAUAAAUUGUUACGGUAAGCCAGCAUAGUCCAGCGUCAAAUUUCAAUUGUUCUUUUAAAACAUAAUUUAUACAAAAGUUACCUUCAUUCUGGUGGAGUUUCCAGUUUGAUAUUUCUUCUUGCUCACGCUUGGAACGUUGUGAGUAACCAUGUUUGUCUUAAUACUUCGUCUAAGGGUUUUUAUAUUUGUGCAAGUUUUCUUUUUUAAACUUUUGCCACUAAUGUGUUUUAAAUUUAUUUUAUUAAGAAUUUGUGUGUUAUAUUUAUACACACACUGUCAUUACAGUUAGGUCUUUAAAUUUUUACAUGCAAUAAAUGCAUGGGGGAAAUAAAUACUGCUUUUUCUACAUAAAUAUUUACUUUUCUACACAUUUUUUUUCUCUAGCUGCUAUAUGUCACUCUACCCUAGCUGCUACCUGAAUUUAAUUCUUGUGUGAGGCAAGAAGAUGUUUUUAAUGUGUAGCAUUCUUACAGUACAUUAUUUAAAAUGUACAUGAUGGUGUUAUGUAUUUGAAAAUUUUAUUGAAAAGUUUCCCAUUUAAGGAUUUUUUUAAUCCAUCAGUGCAUUUCUUUCUCCAAUCACAAUACAGAAUAGUAAACGAAUCAUUAAUCAUUUGUAUACUUCCUUAAUCCAAAGAAAGGUAGUAGUAUAGUUAAAAUACUCCCAGCCUAUAUUCCACAUGGAAAUAGUUACAGUAUAGCUUGUUUUUAUUUUAAAUAAUCCCUUUGAAAGGGGAGAACUUCUGAUUUGAUUAUAUACCCUUCAAGAUUUUUAGAAUUUAAAAACAUGCUUUAUGCUUGUUACAUUGGCACUAAAGCCUUGUGGCUUGUCAAAUGCCCUUAGAAACGAUUUAAUGUCCCAUUAGAAAAAUUCGUGUUCUAUCUGAAUAAUAUGAUUUAAAAAAAUCUCAAGAGAGUAUCAUUUUUAUUUGAUUUUAGUUAAAGUAUAACCAAAAGAAUAAGGAAACUGUCUCAAUUAAAAUUUCAUGCUUGAUCAGUAAAAAUGUCUUAAAACAGUACAUCCACCUGAAGUUCAUUUUCAGUUACUACAACAUUAAACCAUUAAGAUUUCAAAUAGUGUACAAAUAUUUCCAGUCCCAAGUUGCCACCACACAAAGAAACAGAUGCAUUUUCGUUUGGCAGGCACUCCACUGUAAUUCAGCCUGUCAGAAAUUUAGAGCCAACACUCUUCGCAACAGGAUUCAGAACUGUUAUGGUCUUGUGCCAGGUCUGCCCUCUACUGCCUUAUGCCUGUUACACUAAUAAUAUACAGGGCAUAUUCACUUUAAAAGGAAAUAUUAGCAUAAAGAUAGCCAAUGUAACUAGUGAUGUCAGAGUCCUCAUAUCAGUCUAAGUGGGAAAACUUCAGGUCAGAUCGACAAGCAGCAAGAUCAAAGAAACGUCUGUGGAUUCACACAAACUGUAAACAGAUAAUUUAAAGGACAAUAACUUUCUGUUUUCAGAUACACUGUUUAAGAGGGAAAUGCAAAUUCAUGAUUUGUUCUUUGUUGAGCUUGUUAAAUGUCAUUGCCCAGCAUUUCGAAAACACAUCCCUCACUCUAAAAAUGCCAAACCAUUUCUUUUUCACAUGUUUCAUAUGUAAUAAGAGUGUAUGUAGUACAUUUUUCAAUCCAUAACAAUAUAUGCAUGUGGAAAAGACUGUAUAUAAUGCUAGGAACGUUUUAUUGUAGAGUUCACAAUGUAGUAAGUUAAAAAACAAAAACUUUACUAUGAAUGAUUUAUCAGAAAGUCAUUAGUGUCUGAGAUGAAUGGAGCUGACUGAAUGUGAUUUUGGAUUGUUUGGUUUCAUGCCUUGUAGUAUUUCCUUGUGUCUUAAAUGUUGCAUGCCAUAGUAAAAUACUUUUAUAAAUUAACCUCAGGAUUGAGGUGAAAUGGGCCAAGAAGUGCAAUAUUUAAAGAGCUGUUCCCUGUAAAUAAUGAAGUGUAUUCAUGUGUUUUCAGAUGUAAAGGUGUGCAGUGGCUGUCUGUCUAGAAAUCUCAUUUAGCAUUAGGUGCCUUGUGCAACUUUGUAAUGUAUGAACACUUAUCUAUUGUGUAUGUAAUAGCCAGUCAACUGGUGGUGGGCUGCACCAAGACUAUAUUUAUCAAGAUUAGUUUGUACCCCAACAGUUUCUGUGAGUAAAUUCAAAAUAAUAAUUGUGUUUUAUAAAUACUUGCCUUUCUAUAACCUGAUGGUUUCCAGUAUUACACAGUAUCUUUAAUACUGUUAUAGAAGUGAAUGGUGCUGUAUAUGUAUUUACAUUCAUUAUAAAAUUACCAGUAAAUUAUUGAAGAUGUGACUGUUAUAAUCCUUUUAAAUAAGUAUACAGUGUAUAGAAUUACCUUUAUCCUUUCAGAGUGUAAACAAUAGACAAUAGCCUUAUUUCUUGAACUUGCUACACUGUCAUAUAUUUUGUACACAGUAUGAAAAACUGUUGUGUCUACGUCGUGUUGCAGAAUACAUGAAGCGUUUUAAAACUCAGGCUAAGUUGCUGUUUGCUGAUAAUCAAAAACAAAGAAGUGCAAUCGUCAUACUGCUGCCCAUACUCUUAUGGGUACAGCUGCUAAUAAAGUACAUGUACAGUAGUGCUUAUUUAAGAUGAAUGGUGUAAUAAUUUAUUCAUAAUAUCCUUUUCCUAUGUAAUUUUGUUUCUUUGUGAAAUGUUGAAAAAUAGUGUGAUUAACUACUUUAAAAUGAAAAUUAUUAUCCACCUUUAAAGGCUAAUCGUGCCUGUGUGGUUAUCUUUGUUCUCCAUAUGUUUGCAUUACUUUCAUCUCUUUGUUCAGAUUAUGCUGGCAGGUCAUUUGGCAGCUCUGACUUGCACCCAGGGUGAAUGUGUGUGUGUGUUCGGCAGCGUUUGUUUGCAUUCUAGGAAGAAGUGUAAUGUGGCUUUCUGAUUUGGAGUUUAGCUCCAGCUCCAUCUCCCCUGAACCAUGACAAAUGAGUCUGAAAGAGCACGGACAGACAAUUUCUAAAUAUUAAUUUCUUUGAGGAUGCCUAAACAUAGACAGAACUAGCUCCCCAAACCGCAAAUGAAUAUUUGUUACUCUAACGGGUUCCUAAAUGAUCAAAUAUAAACAUUUAUGAAAAUGACACUACAGAUAGUAAUAGAUAUUGUUAGAAAAUAAGGAUUGAAUGGAAAAUGAUUGCUAAUAAUAAUUAGGCUGUAUAUACUGUAUUUUUACAUUUUCCAAAGUGUAGCACCUUAAAGUACCAUUUUAUAGUAACAUUUGGUAAAACCUAUAGUAGUAUGGCAUUUAUUUUGAUAUAUGUUUGCAUUUCGUAGGCAGCUAAAACAGUGAACAAGGCAGUAAUAAUCAUUUCCAGCAUAACCAUCAUUAUUAAUAAGAUUGUGUUGUUUUACAUAAAGAGUUAAGAAGUCCCCAAUCACACUCAAAUAUCAUGAUUGCUUUACAUACCAUAUUAAACAUAGUUAAAAAUAUGUUUCAUUCUGAUUUAUCAGGUAUUUCUGGAGAUUUCCAGAUCUGAAUUCCCUCUAGGUCAACAUGAAAACAUUUAGAUUUUAGGUCAGUUAGACUCUUUAAGGUUUUGUAUUGGUGCCAAUGUCCUCUAUUAGUACAAUAAAUUCUGCAACAUUUUUAAGGAAUAUUAUUUGGUGUUUUGGCCAAAAGCAAUGUCUGUGCAUAUGCCGUAUGUUAAUCAUUUGCUGCAUAGCAUUUUCAAGGUUUCCAACUAGCACAAUCCUGUUUGUCUUCUGUCCUCAAAAGCACCCAUACUCCUGUGGAUAUUAAGUGACAGUACAUUUUUCGUAGCUUUUUUGUAACCUGCAGGACUUUCAUAAUGUAAUGAAUUCAAGGGUCAUACUGUAUACCCAACGGCCAAUGGCAAAAUGUAGCUAAUAUUAUUGGUCUAGCAUAAGAAGUACUGGAUAUGAAGCGUAUAUUUAAAUAGCUGCCAAUUUUAGGAACUAGCUUUAUACUUAGUCUAAUUCUGCACUGUUCCUCUUGCCUUUUUGAAGCGAUAAGUAAUUUUUUUUACUGAUCCUAUAAAAAUAAACUGGUUAAUGACUGCCUGUAAUUAGUGAGGUGGUGUAUUUCAAAUAAUGAUAUUAUGGUGACUUACUUAUAUCAAACAGCUGUAUUAAAAAUAUAUAUAUGUCUUUAACAUAUAGCCCCAGCAACUAAAUUUAUAUUUUGUUGUGCACUGUUUUAUUCUAUUUAUCUUGUAUGAAUAAUACUAAAAAUCUGGAUAUUUUGUUUGUAUGUGAUUUAUGUACACUUAGAGUGUUUUGGAGAUGACAAUAAAUAUAUGCAUUGUA